GUUGUUGUGGUGGGUGAGCUGAGUUCCGCGGCUCCGAGAGCCGGCUCCAUCCUUUCGCCGCCGCCGCCGUCAUGAAGUGGAUGUUCAAAGAGGACCACUCACUGGAACACAGAUGUGUGGAAUCCGCGAAGAUCAGAGCGAAAUAUCCCGACCGGGUUCCGGUGAUUGUGGAAAAAGUCUCAGGCUCUCAAAUUGUUGAUAUCGACAAACGGAAGUACCUGGUUCCAUCGGACAUCACUGUGGCUCAAUUCAUGUGGAUCAUCAGGAAAAGGAUCCAGCUUCCUUCUGAAAAGGCAAUCUUCCUGUUUGUGGAUAAGACAGUCCCACAGUCCAGCCUAACUAUGGGACAGCUCUACGAGAAGGAAAAAGAUGAAGAUGGAUUCUUAUAUGUGGCCUACAGCGGAGAGAACACUUUUGGCGCCUGAGGGCCUGUGCUGGGUUAGGUGCACUGUUCCUGCUUGUGUAUCUUGUAAAUAGCCAGCCAUUUUCAGUUAUUACAAAACCUCUUCACUAAUA